AAAAAGCCGCGCUCUUUAAGACUAUUAUUAUAUAAAGAUAACUUCCAAAUCAAAAGCAAUUAGCCCAUAUAGCUCGCGCCUCGCUGUACACUUUUACUAGUAGAGUGUUAUAUACAUAGCUUUUUUCAGCUUAAAAACAAGAACAGAAACAAAAACCAGUAUAUUCAAAUCUUAGAAUAGUAAUGGAAGUGAAUGUUGCAAUUCAGAAGUUAACUCCAAAACGUCGUAGGUACUCUUCCCAGAAAGCUUACUGUUGAUAUAUUAGGCAAAGAUUCUUCCUUUUAGUGUCUGCAGUUAGUACAGUUAGUUUUCCAUCCCCCACUUCAGAUGUUGAGGUCAUUUUAAAGGAAAAUCAAGUAUCAAUUUGCUAGUUCACUUAUAGCUUUCUUUUUGUUGGUCUUUAUAGGAUAAUCAAGAUUUGAUUUUUAUUAUUCUCAAGUUGGUAAAUAUUGUUCAAGAUUAUUGUUUGGUAAUGGAAACUUGCAUGGAUAGUACUAUAAUCUUAUGUGCGGCUAUUGUUUUUAUUGGAUUCUUGGUUUCAUUCUGUAUUACUGAUUACUGAAUUAGAGUUGGUUGGUUCAGUCAAGAUUUGAUUUUUAUUGGUGUGAGGUUUGGUUUUUUGAGCUGUGGGAAGAGGGAGAAUGGGAAAAGAUGAUGGGAUGCUGCUUCUUUCAACAGUAGGACCGCCAAUAGAGCGGCGAGCGGGGUUGAGAAGGAAGCAAGCAGGCAGAGGAUCAUACAGAGGAAGUUAGAAUUUCGGACAGCCAAAGGGAACACAAUUGGGGAUUGUUAGGUUUAG